AUCACCUUUUUUUCCUUUUGGUGCCCACAUACAACCGUUAUUCUGUUGAUUCUUUUUCUCUUUUUCUUAUUUCUCCGAUCCAAAACUUGUAUUUCUUUGAUCUCCACGCUCUCUCUUCAGAUCUUCUCAAUUCAUCUAAAAAUAAAUUCACAUUCUCUUCUCGAUACAUUGUCUUUUGUCUGGAUCUCCGAAAAUGGCGACAAUGGAGAGCCUGAUCGGCCUAGUCAACAGAAUCCAAAGAGCCUGCACCGUCUUAGGCGAUCACGGCGGAGGCGGGGAAGGCAUGUCCCUCUGGGAAGCUCUUCCUUCUGUUGCCGUUGUUGGUGGCCAGAGUUCCGGAAAAUCUUCUGUGUUGGAAAGCGUGGUGGGUCGGGAUUUCCUGCCUCGUGGAUCCGGCAUUGUCACACGAAGGCCAUUGGUUUUGCAGCUACAUAAGACUGAUAAGGGGCAGACAGAAUAUGCAGAGUUUCUGCAUGCACCAAAGAAGAGGUUUACUGAAUUUGCUUCUGUGAGAAGGGAGAUUGAAGAGGAAACAGAUCGUAUAACUGGGAAGUCAAAGAAAAUUUCUAAUAUUCCAAUUCAGUUGAGCAUAUAUUCUCCUAAUGUUGUCAACUUAACCCUCAUAGAUCUCCCUGGGUUGACAAAGGUCGCUGUAGAGGGACAGCCAGAAACUAUAGUUGAAGAUAUUGAAAACAUGGUUCGUUCAUAUGUUGAGAAGCCCAAUUGCAUUAUAUUGGCAAUCUCUCCUGCUAAUCAAGAUAUUGCCACUUCAGAUGCUAUAAAACUUGCAAGGGAAGUUGAUCCUACAGGUGAGAGAACAUUUGGGGUGCUAACAAAACUUGAUCUGAUGGACAAAGGAACAAAUGCUGUAGAUGUUCUUGAAGGAAGGUCAUACAGGCUGCAACAUCCUUGGGUUGGAAUUGUGAACCGUUCACAAGCGGACAUCAAUAAGAAUGUUGACAUGAUUGUGGCUCGCCGAAAAGAGCGUGAAUAUUUUGAAACAAGCCCUGAGUAUGGGCAUUUGGCUAGGAAAAUGGGUUCAGAGUAUCUUGCGAAGCUGUUGUCCCAACAUUUAGAGACUGUUAUCAGGCAGCGUAUACCAAGUAUCAUUGCUUUGAUAAAUAAAACCAUUGAUGAGCUCAAUGCAGAGUUGGAUCGCAUUGGCAGGCCUAUUGCAGUAGAUUCAGGGGCCCAGCUCUAUACUAUCUUAGAAAUGUGUCGUGCAUUUGAUCGCAUUUUUAAGGAACAUCUCGAUGGAGGGCGACCUGGUGGAGAUCGGAUAUAUGGAGUUUUUGACCACCAAUUGCCAGCUGCCUUAAAAAAGCUUCCUUUUGACCGUCAUCUAUCUUUAAAAAAUGUGCAAAAGGUUGUUUCAGAGGCUGAUGGUUAUCAGCCACAUCUUAUUGCUCCAGAACAAGGAUACAGAAGACUAAUUGAUGGAUCCAUCAGCUACUUCAAAGGCCCAGCUGAAGCUUGCGUGGAUGCUGUGCAUUUUGUAUUGAAAGAGCUUGUACGGAAGUCUAUUGCUGAAACAGAGGAACUAAAGCGAUUCCCAACUCUUCAAUCUGACAUUGCAGCUGCUUCAAAUGAAGCGUUGGAACGAUUUCGUGAAGAAAGUCGCAAAACAGUUCUAAGGCUUGUCGACAUGGAGUCGAGCUAUCUUACAGUGGAAUUUUUUCGGAAGCUUCAUCUUGAACCUGAGAAGAAUACUAACCCAUCUGGUCCCAACGCAGACCGUCUCAAUUCAGACCGUCCCAAUGCAGACCGUUAUGCCGAUAAUCAUUUCAGGAAGAUUGGAUCAAAUGUCAGCGCUUACAUAGGUAUGGUUUGUGAUACAAUGAAGAAUUCUCUCCCCAAGGCUGUUGUUUAUUGUCAAGUCAGGGAGGCCAAGAGGUCACUGCUCAACCAUUUCUAUGCUCAAGUUGGAAGAAAAGAGAAGGAAAAGCUUGGUGGAAUGUUGGAUGAGGACCCACAGCUUAUGGAAAGGAGAACAGCCAUAGCUAAAAGGCUUGAACUGUACAAGUCAGCUAGAGACGAGAUUGACUCGGUCGCAUGGAAAUGAUAAAAAUCUAAACCAUAUGACUCAUCCAGACACCCCUUUUUGCCAUUCGAAUGUUGCAGGAUAGACUUCUGCAGGAACAAGGGAAGUAUACGAGGAGCUUCGGAUUUGCACUGCUUGUGAUAUUUGUAGUUUUGUACCCAUCCUGCAUCCAUUUGUUACUUGUCAGUAUAAAUGAAACUCGACAGUAGGUCAUUGAUUUUCUUCUUGUUUUUUACCUGGUACUAAUUAAUUUGUCAAUUUUUUCCUUCAUGGGAUGCUGGAAUUCUUUUUCCUGGGAUAACUGGAAUUCUUGAGCAAUCAAUCUGAAAACAUUCUCGAUGAAUUAGAUGAUA